AUGAUGUUUGGCAGAAUGUUUAUCCGUACUUUGGCCUCUAGUGCUAAAACUGUCAAGCCACCAGUGCAAUUGUUUGGUUUAGAUGGUACUUAUGCUACCGCUUUGUUCACUGCAGCUUCCAAGAGCUCUUCCGUUGAGGCAGCUUCCAAAUCUUUGAACUCUCUAUCGCAAACCAUUGAAAAAGAUCCAAAAUUGAAGGAGAUCUUGGCCAAUCCUGCCCUAUCUGCUCAAGACAGAAAACUUGUUGCCGAAAGUUUGGCUGGUCUACCAAACAUGGACUCUUCUGUGGUAAACCUUUUGAAAGUCUUAGCUGAAAACAAUAGACUGGAUAUCUUCACAAAGGUCAACAGUCAAUUCACUACUUUGACUGAUGCUUACAAUGGAUUGAUCAAGGGUACUGUUAUCUCUGCUCAGCCAUUGGACUCUAAAUCUUUCAAGAGAAUCGAAAAGGCUCUAGGUCAAUCCAAAUUGGUCGGUCAGGGAAAGACUUUGAAAUUGGAAAAUUCCGUCAAGCCAGAGAUUCAAGGUGGUUUGAUCGUCGAGAUCGCUGAUAAAACUGUCGAUUUGUCGAUUGCUACCAAGAUUCAAAGGUUGAACAAACUGCUAGAUGAAUCCAUCUAA